CGAAAGUCUAGACCUCGUCGAGGAACAUAGAGUACACUCCUAUCGUCUUUCAAGUCUCUCAUUUGUUCCCCCGUUGUUUGUAUGCCACCUGUCCCAAGACUUCCUCCACCGGUCCGAUAGCAAUAUGGCCUGGCCGAAUCCAUUUCGGCGGCGAGAUGAGAACACACGCACGGCCUGGGGAUAUACCUUCCAGUUGACGCCUAGCCAUCUUACUCCUGAACAGGCUCAUCCUUUGAAACACAGUUAUGAUGUUCUUGGAGAAGAAUGCUACGAGAUCUUAUGUCAGAAGGACAGCAGCCCUGCAGACGAAGCAAAGCUACAGAAGAGGGACGAUGCUCGAUCAGAGAGCGUGGCAAACCAUUUACACCAGUCAAAUUCGACUAUAAACGGCUCCGCUGAUACGAAUCGACCGCCGACACCAUCUCCGAGAUCGAAACGCGAUCUCUACCUCCUUCUCCGGGACCACCACGCCGCACAUCCUAAGCUUCAAGAACUCUGGGACGAAGUCACCACUGUCCCCAGCUGGGUCGACUGGGCCCAGAUCUGCCGCGGACAGGACGUCUUCUACCGCUAUGGUGCUGCCACACUCACAGGGCUCGCGUACCAAUCGCUCCUCGGGGGCAUGGGCGCCAACCGCGUGGUCGAAGUCCUCGCCCGCACGGGCGGAUUCUCGGUCAAGGUGGCGCGGCACCGGCUGUUCGAGACGACGCAGCACAUCCUCGAGUGCACGCGGUCUCUCGAGAGCAUCCAGCCGGGCGGCGCGGGCUUUGCAAGUUCCGUGCGAGUGCGUCUGCUCCACGCGGCCGUGCGGCAGCGGAUCAUGCAGCUGUCCAAGACCCGGCCGAGCUACUACAGCGUCGAGAAGUAUGGGAUCCCCAUCAACGACCUCGACUGCAUCGCCACCAUCGGCACCUUCUCGGCCACCAUCAUCUACCUCUCCCUGCCUCGCCAGGGGAUCUUCCUGCGCAGGCAAGAAACCGAGGACUACAUCGCGCUGUGGCGCCUCAUCGCGCACUACGUCGGCACGCCGACGGACUACUUCGAGACGCCCGAGCGGGCCAAGUGCAUGAUGGAGAGCCUGCUGCUGAACGAGAUCAACCCGUCCAACACGAGCCAGGUGCUCGCCAACAACAUCGUCCGCUGCCUCGAGAACCAGCCGCCCACGUUCGCGAGCCGCAGCUUCCUCGAGGUCAACGCCCGCUGGCUCAACGGCAACGAACUCGCCGACGCCCUGGGCCUGGGCCGGCCCGGCGCCUGGUACUGGGCCCUGAUGGCCGGCCAGUGCAUCUUCUUCGCGUGCCUGUGCUACACGUACCGCGCCAUCCCGGCGCUGGACCGGCGCAAGAUCGAGACGCUCCGGAAGGUCUUCUGGGCCGUGAUCGUCGAGGGCAAGCACGGCCUGGGGGGCGAGCAGACCGUCUUUGAAUUCAAAUAUGUGCCCGAGUUUGGCCUGGGGACAGCGAAGGGCGAGGACGACGAGAAGAGGGCCGGCGAGGUGGGCAUUGAGAGGAGGAAUCUGAAUACACUCCUCGCUGCGACGGGUGUUCUGGUUGGCGCAGGGUGGUUGGCCGUUAAAGUAUCAACGGCGCUUUUUGGGAGGAUAUUCUGAGACACCUGGGGAGAGACGAAGCAUUGAAAAAGGGGACUAGAGACCAUUGCAUAACGGAGCAAGGGACGUGGCGCAUUUACGCAGCGAGGUUUUUGAGUUUCCGCAUCUUUGGGUAUUCUCCCAGAUGGGAUCUUGCCCUGGGUAUCAUGUUCAUUACAGCAAAUGCAAGGGCCAGAGCACCGCCUGGUCACAAUCACUCCGUCCCCUCCUCAUUGGCAUUCCAAGUUGGACAUCACAAUCCGUGUCUCUAUAUCUAUGCCGUCUACGACGUC